AUGUAUAAUACUAAAAGUCAAUCGUUGCCCAAUAUAAUAAAAUUCCAACCCGUUAUAUAUUGCAAAAGCCAGCAGAAACGUCUUACUCAAGUGGAUGAAUAUCUUUUACUUAAGCAAAUCGGGAAUGGUUUCUCUUCUAAGAUAUAUUUAAGUCUUAACACAAAAACAGGCCGGUACUAUGCUGUUAAAAAGUUCAAAUCUCUGGGCCUUCGUACCUGCGCUAGUCCAUACGAACAAUUUGAGCGUGAAGUCCGGAAUCUUGCCAAGUUCCACCACGAGAACAUUUUAUCCAUUCAUGAAGCAAUUUACUGCCAAGAAAAUGGAUCUGCAUAUAUUGUUCUUGAAUGGGCUAAUUGUGGAUCGUUAGAUCAGUUCUGUGUUCCGGAAAAGAUUCUUACUUUAGAUCAAAUCGCUACAGUCUUCAAGCAAGUAAUUAUUGGCCUAAUACAUCUUCAUGAGCAUGGUUUUGCUCACAAAGACAUUAAACCUGCAAACAUUUUAUUAUUUUCUGAUGGAACAGCCAAGAUCAGUGACUUUGGUAUCGGCCAUUCCUUCCAGAGUGCAGAAUGUGUUCUUGGUACACCAGCUUAUCAAGCUCCUGAAGUUUUUGCAGAUUCUGACUAUAGCGAUGAUGAUUCCUAUGAUGUUCCAAUUGACCCAGUGAAAGAAUAUGUCUGGUCUCUUGGGGUUUCCAUUUACCAAGCCUGCUUUGGACAGCUUCCUUUUUGCGGGGCAAACGAAUACGAAAUUGCCAGAUCAGCCUUAGAAAGUUACAUACAAUACGAUUCAUCAGUACCUGAAGAUUUAGUCGAUUUACUUCAAGGAAUGAUGAAUAUAAACCCAACAGAAAGAUUCAACAUGGAACAGAUCUUAAACCAUAGAUUUUUCCUUCGUGCAAAAUCCAAGAAGGACCUCAAGUUCCCAGUAAUCAAAGCUCCUCAACUCAAGCCAAAUACGCAGAUUCGUAAGAUAGAAGCGCAGAAAAUUAAUCCUUAUGAGGAAGAAGUGUUCAAGUUUUUUCUCACCUUUCCCUUCUGGGCUCAUUUUGCCUCCUAG